CAUGUCCUAAAGUCCUCCUAGGAGAGGAUAUGUCCAUUUAUUUUUACUGCCCAUGUCUUAAAUUGUAUAUGUGAGGACAUGGGUUGGAGUUACCCAUGUCCAGCAGUGAAGGUUGUCUCCUAGAGGACAUUAGGACAUUCCUACUCAUGUCCAGUUGUGAAGAUCGUCUGUUAGAGGACAUUAGGACAUUACUACCCAUGUCCAGUUGUGAAGAUCGUCUGUUUAGGGCAUUCCUACCCAUGUCCAGUUGUGAAAAUCAUUUGUUAGGGGACAUUAGGACAUUCCUACCCAUGUUCAGUUGUGAAGAUUAUCUGUUUAUGACAUUAGGACAUUCCUUACCUAUGCCCGGUUGUAAAGCUCGUCUGUUUAGGACAUUCUUACCCGUGUCCAGUUAUGAAAAUCGUCUGUUUAAGCAAUUUGGACAUUCCUACCCAUGUCCAGAUUCUCUCAGAAGGGAACAGUAGGACAUGCUUGUCCUGCUCCAGAAGUGAACAUGUCCAAGAGGCGCCGUUAAGACAACACCUUAUCCAUAUCAACAAUAUGUCCCGACUCUGUGCAAUGGCACUGGCUUCGGAAAACAUCACCGGCCUCCCCGCAUAAUGACACCAUUCUCACAUAACGACACCGAUUCCGCAUAACGACAUCGACUCCGCAUAACGACAUCGACUCCGCAUAACGACACCGACUCAGCAUAACAAACGUGAAGCGCAGCACAACAAUCCCGCUUUACGGAAUCAAAUCCUCAUUAACGAAGCCGAAUCCAUUAUGUCUCAGCCACCGCGAUGUCCACCGCCAUCCAUGUCCACCACUUCCAACCAGUCGAUGUCCCUCACCCGGACUAGGUCCUACCCUCGAGCAUCCUCCUCCUGGGACAUGCACAGGACCCCCAACACCGCCUGGGACCCCAACAGGACCCCCAGUACCAGGAACACACCCUCAGGACAGGGACCGUCCACAGGACCGGGUCCCGGGACUAACCGUGACUCUGGGACGGCUCCGAAACCAGCUAUAGGGACCAACUGGGACUCCGGGAGUGUGUCCAGUGCCCCUGUGGGGACAUGGGACCCCCAGGGCAAGAGCCAGGGGUUGCGGGGGGGCCUGGGGUCCCAGCUGAAGGGGGUGGUGAUAAGCAGUGCCCCCAGAGGACGUUUCGCCCCUCCAAUUGGCUCGAAAUGUGUCACACUUGGUCGUUCCUCCAGCUUCGUCUUGCGUCCUCUGACGCGAUACUUGACGCAGGGCGUACUUGUGCAGGAGGUGGACGAGGGACAGCCAUGUCUCAUGUGCAGAGACAAGUGUCCAGGGUAUACUUCCCACGUCUGGAGGUGAGUACACACUGUAUUAC